GGCAUAACAAAAAAGAAAAGCAUCCAACAUGCACCACGAGGAGAAGGAGAAUAUGACGACGGAGGAGGAAUCUGUUUCGGCGGUGGAAGAGGGUUACAAUGUACAUAGAGACUAUUGGCGUCAAGCGGCGGAAUCCGAUUGUCCACCGAGACGCCCUUCAGACCUCACUUUCAUGGUGGCGCACUGGCCGAUGGUAUCUUCGAAGGUGAAGGAAUCAGAGUGGCAAGCCACUGCUUGGAUUUCUAUGUAUUUGGAACUUGUAAUUACUACAACUGAUAGGUCAAUCUCUGGAUGUCGUAAGGCGACGACAGAAGUUCUCUCCAAGUUGGAGAUUGUGAAAGUUGUGGUAGAAACUGCUAAUGAAGAUGUGGAGCCGCCGAAUGAGAGACUCAAGGCCAAAAGUGUACAUGUCUACAUAACGUUUAAGGGCUUGGCAGAGCCUCAAGCCCCUCGGCGGAUUUUUGAGAAUGGUGAGCAUGUUGAACGCCAAGCUAUAGUUAGAAGAGUCAUGGAUCAUACAGGAAACUUGACUCUCGAGGGUAAGCUUUGUGGUGGUCAAUAUAUCAAAAAGCGUUCUCUGGCUCUCAAGAGUCGAAAAAGUCCUAGAAUGGUAAAAAGCAAGCCGGCUAGGGUUCCGUAUAUAUGGGAGUCUGCGUAAUGUUAAGAUCUAUUUGAAAAUGUGGAUCAGAUAAUAAUCUAAGCUAUUUUGUGUGUUUGAGUUCUUUGAUUUUUGGUUUCUUUUCGGUGUGUUAAGCUUUUUUUGUAAUACAAUAAGUUAAUCUAU